AUGGGGCUUGAUGCGCUGGCCGUGGCGCCAGCAGCGGCCACGAGUGUCUCCAUGUGGGCAUUGUACGAGCACUGGGCCGCGCGCUACGAGGUGGCUCGCGAUGCCGGCGAAAAGCUCUGCCGCUUCGCCAUCUUCAAGGACACGGUGCGCUGCAUCUACGCCGGCCACCCGGGGCAUAGACACUAUGUGCUUGGCCUCAACGGCUUCGCAGACAUGACGCCCGAGGAGCUCCGGGCCGGCUUCUCCCGCGAGAGGCCCGCCGAUGGCGGAGAGCGCCACGUUGACGCCGGCGGGAACACUUCAACAUCACGCCGCAAGCCGAGGGCGAUGAACCACCAGACGUCGUCGACUGGCGCACGAAGGACUGCCUCGGCCAAGAGGCUAGGCAAUUGUGGUUCAUGCUGGGCUUUCACAGCUGUAGCAGCAGUGGAAAACUUGAACGCCAUCAACGACGUGUACUUCUGGAUACUGAAGAACUCUCACAGAGAGAAAUGGGGACAGAACAGCUACAUGAGGCCGCUCCUUGACUUCGACAACACCGAUCUGGGUACGGGUACGUGCGGCAUCCUAUUGGAUGUUUCUUACCCAAUGUUUAAAAUAGUGGACUAA